AUGUCAACCAUAUAUAAUACGGAACCUCAGCCAACAGCGUCAGUCAUCCUUCACACAUCGGUUGGCGAACUGUCGGUUGAGCUUUUCGCCAAGCAGACCCCUCUAACGUCGCGCAACUUUCUUCAGCGCUGUUUGGACGGAUACUACGACAAUACAAUUUUUCACCGUCUUGUUCCUGGCUUCAUAGUCCAAGGUGGUGAUCCCACAGGCACUGGCAAUGGUGGCGAAUCAAUCUACGAUGGAGGUGCGCUCUCGGGUGACCUAGACCCGUGGCCUAUGGACCAGCGAAGAGGCAAGAAUGCAGGACCUCUGGGCAUCAACUUCAAGGAUGAAUUCCACUCGCGUCUCAAGUUCAAUAGGAGAGGAUUGCUGGGCAUGGCAAACGAGGGGGCGCCAGACACAAAUGGCAGUCAGUUCUUUUUCACCUUGGACAAGGCCGAUGAACUCAACGGCAAAAACACCAUGUUUGGACGCAUAGCUGGCGACACUAUCUACAACCUGGCAAAAAUAGGAGAGGCCGAGGUCGCGGAGGGAACCGAACGGCCACUUUAUCCUAUCAAACUCGAACGCGUUGAGAUACUCGUCAACCCAUUCGAAGACAUGAAGAAGCGGGAAAGAGUUGCCAAGGUUAUAGAAAAGGCACCAGCCCCAGCCAAGAAGGCCAAAAAGAGGAAAGUUGGUAAACAACUCCUCAGUUUUGGUGACGAGGAAGGGGAGGGGGAAGAGCUUCCCAUACUGAAAAAGCCCAAAUUCGACACAAGAAUAGUGAUGGACGACGAGGCAACAGAAAUGCCCGUCAGGCAAUCCAAGGGCGAAAAAAAUGCAGCGGUCAAAGAGGCCAAUCUUUCAAACGCUUCUGCGGCAGGAGCAGAGGCAGGUGUUAGCGCGGUCGGGACGAAGGGCGCUUCCGCAUCAUUGGACAGUACCGCAAAAUUGCGCGACGCCCCACAGAAGCCGAACGAAUCCUCGGGAUCACCUCCCCCACUACUAACACGGAUCCAGCCGAGAUAUGGCGACGACGAGCCGGCGCCAGAGAAGGAUACACGAGCUAAAGACAACAGGACAGCACUUGAGAGGGCAAAUGAUGAAAUUGCUUCCCUCAAAGCAUCUAUGCGCCGAAGCGUGAAUUCUGAGCCCAUCAAGGAGCAAAAGAAGUCGGCGUUGGAGCUGAUGAUACCAGAAACGUCGACGAGAGGCAGGAAGAGGCGAAUGGGUGCCAACAACAAUAAUGUUGUAGAGGAACAAAAGACGAUGGACCUUUUGAAAGCCUUCCAAUCCAAGCUUGCGGAGGCUCCGAGCACAAGCACGAACGCGCAGGAAUCUCCGGCCGGAGAGCAUGCAAUGGGUGAGGGAGCGACAGGGGAUGCGGGUGAAAAGCCGGCAGAGGACGAGGGUGAAGUAUGUGAUCUGCAUUUCAUCAUUAACUGCCAGAGCUGUCAAGCCUGGGAUAAGCUCGAGGGCAAAGACGAAAGUGAUGACGAAGGAUGGAUGUCACACGCUCUCAGCUUUGCGGCAGAUAAGCUCGGAAAGGACCUCAACUACAGGAAAAAGGCCGAGGAAGAGCUCAUCGUGAUCGACCCCCGUGAAAAGGCGCGUAGCUUAAAAGAGGAAAAACGGCAGGAGAAAGGGACCCGGACAGGAGGGUCCGGUCGGGCAUGGGAUCAAGCCCGGAAUGCGCAGAUGGCAAGGUCUUCGAACCUUGCAGGCAGAGGCGCGAAGUAG